AUGGAGAGACACAUGAUAAGUGUGGGGGGAGAGAGGAGAAGGGAGGGAGGUAGAGAGGCGAUGGAGGGACACAUGAUAAGUGUGGGGGAGAGAGAGAAGGGAGAGUUGAAGGAGGAGGAGAGCGAGGUGAGGGAGGGAGAGAGCUCAGGUGGGGGAGAGAGGAGACGUGAGGGAGGUAGAGAGGCGAUGGAGAGACACAUGAUAAGUGUGGGGGGGAGAGAGGAGAAGGGAGAGUUGAAGGAGGAGGAGAGCAAGGUGAGGGAGGGAGAGAGGUCAAGUGGGGGAGAGAGGAGACGUGAGGGAGGUAGAGAGGCGAUGGAGAGACACAUAAGUGUGGGGGGGGAGAGAGGAGAAGGGAGAGUUGAAGGAGGAGGAGAGCAAGGUGAGGGAGGGAGAGAGGUCAAGUGGGGGAGAGAGGAGACGUGA